UAACUGAGCGCAUUGCUGCUCCUUUUGUUGUGUGUUGAUUGAAAGUGGGAAUUUAUAACUCAAAAGAAAUAUAAAUGUUUCUCACUCGUUAAAAUAAACAAAAAAAUAUCUAAAAAUAAAACUAGCAGUUCCAUCAACUAUUUUCUUCCCCACUAAAUAACAAAAUAGUUACAACACUGCCCAACUUAUAGAUAUUUAACUUAAAUUUUAGUGCAAUUUAUGAAAUAACUUCCAAAUGAAUUACCAAUUUUUAUUUUUACCGGAAUGUCAAUAGAUUGACAAAGCCGAUUUCUGUGUGUUCUAUUUAUUUGGACAAAUUGAAAAAACGAAAAGAAAGGAAAAAAAAGAAAACCCAGAAGAAGACUGGUUUGCAUGAACUUUGUGUCACAAUGUUUUUCGAUUAUUGCUAGUUUGGGUUAAAUUUUAAUUUGUUAGAAUUGCUGGAACUCAAUUCCAGAGUCCACAGACACAAUAAAAACCAUGUCGAAUGAAUUUAUAUUGGAUCAGGAACCCAAUGAUUGUGGUGGUAGUGGCGGUGGUGGAGGUGGAUUAACUGAAAAUAUAUCCUCCUUAGAGACGCCAUCUUCUUCGGUGUCCUAUUCCGUUGGGGAAUCGAAUAACAUUGGGCUUCCGUAUCAGAGUGACGGCAUAAAUGGGGGAUCAAUAAUACAAUCAUCGCCGCCGCACUAUCGCCACUCCCGUGCCUACAGACAUUUCAAAAAUCCCCCGCAGCCUCACAUGUGUAUUCGCACAACGACGGAACAUGGCGAAGAGCUCUUCAUCAAUGUUUUGAGUUGGACGAGAAUUGUGAUUCCACAGGAAGCUAGUGAUCCAAUACCACUUUAUGGUGGCAUGAGGGUGCCUCCUGGUAGUCCAAGAAGUCCUCCAGUUGUAUUUGCUGUAAUGGCAAAUCCAGAAGUGCUUAAAGAUUCCGGAAGGCAUAGCAAAGAUCCCGAAGAAAGACGGGCAAUGGUUGAACUGAUGUGCGAUUUUGUUGAAGCAAUGAAUCCAGGCGUUAAAUUAAUACGCAAUGCAGUUAUUUUAAAGGACAGAGAUAUAUCUGGUGAGUUAAAAGAUGUUUGGAAUGCUGUGCAAGCACAACGAGACCGAGAACGAGAAGAGCAAAUGAUUCAACAGCGUCAACAACAACAUUACCACAAUACAACAACCCAACAAUUAUUCCCAAAAACCCAGAAUUCUUCAUUUGAUGAAUCACCACAAAACGAACCACAAGCUGUGAGCACCAACAUCGCUACCAAUGGGCCGGAGAAUAAAAUUACCUACACCGAACUUGGCCCAGACUCUACAGCCACAUUAAAAAACGAUAAGUCACCAGAACUUUUGCCGAAAGAUGUAACAGAUGAAUCCGCUGUAAAAGAAUCAGCCGAAAGUGCAAUUAACAGUGUAGUAAGUGAGGCAUCUAAAGACCAAUUGCCAAAUGAUGUAUCUGAACAAAUGAGUCUUGAGCCUGCACUCAUCCAAGUUAACAACAUUCACAAUUCGAAACUCUGUUCAAUAUCGAACACCGAAGAUCUUACCAAGCCCACAAGCUUAACGAAUGGUGGUGGCAACAAAAAAGCCCCUACCACCGAUGUCGCCAUUCCAAGUUCAACUGCAACAACCAACAAAACCCCAGCGACUGCUCCACCAAAAAAAGAAAAACUCGGUGGCUUUCUUCCAAACGGCUGCAUUCUUGCCCGAUUCAAGAACAACAAGCACAAGGACAAGGACAAAGACAAUUCUAAAUCUACCUCAAAAGACAGAGAAAAGAACCUAUUGCAUGUCCUUAAGAAGAGCAAGGACAAACAAGAGGACACCACAAAAACGCAAUAUGAAAAAAACUGCAUCAAUCUCGAGAGUGAAGUCGAGAAACUAGAUCUCAAUAAGCUUGACACUGCUGCAAGUAAUGACAAUAUGUUUAUGAAGCUUAAAGUUGCUACAUCAGCUGCCAAAUGAGAAGCAACAUCUUUUGCUUGCCCAUGCCCAUUAUCAUCAUUAUCAUCUUUUUGUCAAUUUAAGACCUCCUCACGGACUGGAGUGUUAUAAUUUCAUAAACUCACUUGCAUCAUGGCGUUCAUCAUCAUCAUCAUUCACAUUUUACACACACACUCACACACGUUUGUUUGUAUUUAAUUUAAGAAUUAAUCGUGUAGCUUAGCGCAAAUCGAAAUGUUUCAUAGAACAACUCUCAUCAUUUAUACGAAUAUACAUUAUAUAAAGUAUACAUUACAAUUUCACGAAUUCAUACGUUAUAAGCCUUGCGUAAUGCCUUUGCCAAUGUUACAUAUAUAUUUAGCAAACGUUUGUGCCAUAACAGAUAUUGCAUUUUAUACACAGAAACGUUUUUGAUUCUUAAAUAUUUUUUGUCAAAGCACAAAGAAAAAAAGGUAUGAUUAAAAAAUACGCACAAAUCCAGUUGUUUUUUAAGCACACACACAUAUACAAUACUUAGUUACUAAAGUUGCACCUAGAAAAAAGUGAUAGGUAAGACAAGUUUCAACAGCUUGCUGCUACCAGGAGCUGUUGAUGGAUGGAUAAUAAAUAGAAGUAUGGAUCUGUUUCUUUUUUUCGUUCUCAAGUAUUUCGCAGCGCUAGCAACAUCUUUAAGUGUGAUUUAUAAAUUAUGUACUAAAUGUUAAGUGUCUCGUUAACAAUUAAUUCAAGCCAUAAAACAUUUGUAUAAAAGCAAAGACGGAUCUACAAUAUGUGUUACGUUCAAUUCAAAGCUGCAAAUCGUACACAGGUAUUGACUAUCAGAAAUAUUUGUAAGACCACAUCAAAAGCUUGUUUUUCUUUUGAUAUUUAUCUCGACAAUAUUCAUUAAUUUAUAAUAUGUAAAGUGUUAACUUUUGAUUUUCCUUUUUUUAAAUAAUUGUUUGUGACAUUGUUUAUCAUUUAUCAUAUCGAAUUCUAAUUGGUUGUGACUAAUUUCAACUCAUCACUGGGUGCUAUUAAACUUUUAACGUUUUUAUUAUUUUUGGUUUAAACAAUCUAUUUAAAAUGCAAGAUUUAAAACUUGGAAGUUCAAAAUGUUUUAGGAUAAUUUAAACUUCAAUAUUAAAGAGCCGUUUCCUUAAAAAAAAAAAAACAACAAACCCUAUGUGACAGUUUUCAUAGAGGUAGUAUAAGAGUUUCUGUUCAACUUAAGUAUUUAAGUUUUGUUUCAGCAAAUGGCCCAGCAUGCCCAUAAGUUUUCAUGUUUAACUUAAUUUUAAAGUGUGUAUCAGCAAACGGGGCUCUUAUAAAUUAAUGAGACUGAUUUAUAUUAUAAUUUUUCUAUCGAACUUCGGUGACAAAUUGAAAUUAUCUCCUCCAAAUAUUUCCAUUGAAAUUGACUGCAGAGCCGGUAUCGUAAGUUCGAGUCCAACCAUCGCCUCAGAAGUUUUUUUCUAAAUCGCCAGCUGAACUGAAGCCACCUGUGCGAUAACAUGAGACAAUUCUCAACUAUGUCUCCCCCUCUGUGCCACGUAGUUCUCUGUUAUAUGUUCUUCUCUUGUUACUUCUCUUCUUUGUAUUUCUGUGUUGUAUUAAUAUUUUGUGUUGAUGGACUAAGAUUCCGAAGCUGCAGUGUUUCUGGUCCGUAGAUUUUUCUUUGGAUUAGAUUAAAAUGUAAUGUAAUUGCGAAAGAUCCAAGGCUUUGAUGCUAUUAAGUGUUUUUGGUGAUUUCAUUUGCUUGUACCAGAAGUUUUUAGGCCUACCUUUAACACACUGCAGGCAAUCAAUGGAACAAACUUAAAUUGAUGGACUUCCGAUUGUUUUCUUUUUUGCUUCGAUAACAAAAAAGUCAAUGAGCUAUUAUUGGUAAAUCAUGUUGCCAAGAGGUAGUUAAGAACAAUCAAAUUAAAAACAUUUUGCGGUGCUUUUACUCUGAAACGUAGUUAGAUUUCUUUUGGGGAAUCCUAUUGGAAAGGUCCUUUCCAAUUUUUUGUCCCACAUGUUUUUUUUUAAGUAAAAAUUGACCCCUUUUUAAUACUGCAUCCAAAUCUAGUGGUGCCAAAAAGUGAAAGGCACUGUUGCCGUGGAUGUAGUGCUUAACUGCUAACCUAGAAUGUGGGUUGUAGCCCCAUCUUAAGCAGCAUUCUUUUAUUUAGUCCCCAGAUCAAGUAAAAUAUACUACUCGUUGGAGUUAGUUAUUCGCGUGUUGAUAAGAUAAAUCAUAAGAAUACCAACUUGUUUGUUUUGGCAUCCCGCUUGAAAGAAUUUACGAAACGAUAUGAAGCUCAAAAACGCAGUUUUUGAUAAAUCAAGCGAUUAAAACCUUCGGUUACUAUCUUUUAGUAUUUUAGUAGUUCAAGGCAAUAGAUAAUUAAAUUACUGUUUUUUGUUAAUUCAAAAUACUUCAGUUGUGUCUCUUUCGUUUCACUGUGUUGGAUUCAUUAUGUGAUAUAUGUACAUAGCUAAACACCCUUUCAUUUGAAUACAAAAACUUUUUGAUUCCUUGAAAUUUUGUAUCAGAUCUACAGACACUGUUCAUUUGCCAAGAGGUUUUUUGGUAAGGAUAUGGUUGCGGUUUAAGCGAUUUUUACUCGCUCGAGCAAAAAAGCGAUAUAAAACGAUAGAAGCUAUUUAUAUGAAUUUUUGAGAUAAAAAGAACAACGAUUUUUUUUUAAAUCACUACAUCCAGCAAUUUAAAACUGUGCACUGGCGGGCUCCCAGUUGUAGAGCAUCAAGUCACUAAAAGUGGAUUCGGAGAAAUAAAGAGUUAAAUUUAAUACAAUACCUUUAAUAACUAUAAAAAUGACUUUAUAUUUUUAUCGUUACCUUAUAAACGAAACAAUUUUUGACACAGCUCUUUCCAAACCCUAAUAAAGAAUAGCUUUGCGCAGAGUUUGGAAAGAUUUGAAUUUUGUUUUUGACUUGGUCACCACAGGGCUGAAACCCUCCAUUUAUUCUAUAUGUUAAAGGUGUAGCCAAAUAGUUACUGUUUUGUAUGCAAUCUUCUAACAUAGCUGAGGAACCAGACGUGAUAACGAGAAAAUUGUGUGC